AUGGCUACUGAACAUGAUAGUCUUCAUAAGCGUCGUCAUCAUUCAGAUAAAAAGCACAAAAAAGAAGAACGAGAUCAUACAAAGGACAAACAUAAGGAUAAAAAGAACAGUCAUCGCCAUUCUAAAAUUAGAAAGAAUAGUCGUCUCGAUAAGAAACAACAACAUCACUCGAAUAAACGCCAUAAAAAGACUGCUUCAUCAUCUUCUAAAAAGAGCGGUGGUGGAUUCGAUCAUCAUGGUGUAGCUACCUUUUAUUCACCUGACAAGGGCUCUUGUGGAUGGAGAAAUACUAAAGAUGAUUUAAUUGCUGCAGUUAAUAAAGACGAUAUGGAUAACAAAAAACAUGAAUCUGAUAAAAAUCCCAAUUGUGGAAGAAUGAUAGAAAUUGAAAAUAACAAAGGUGAUACAGUAAAAGUAAAAGUGGUAGACACAUGUCCAGGAUGUAAAAAGGGUAGUUUAGAUCUAAGCCCUGCUGCUUUCAUUAAAUUAGCAUCUUAUAAGCAAGGUGUUGUUCCAAUUAAAUGGAAAUAUUUAGAUUAA